CACACCCGACAGCCGCGCUCGGAAGGGAAAAAAAAGACAGCGCGGACAAAGGAAACAUGGAUGCAGCCAAGAAGUGUCCAUGCACGCUUAGAACGGAUUUCGCGACCAGACAGUCCUAUUCAUAAAUGGGAAAACAAUUAGUCCACUUUGAUGUCGUGGUGGGAGGCAAGAUAUUGCAAAUUAAAGAGGCGGGGAGCUGUUUUUAAUCCGUCUGUGAUCCCAUGCUUUUGCGAUGGCUGUUGCAGGGAUAUGUAACUGUCUGGGGAAAAUUGUGCCGCCUUCCUUUUUAGCGUUUUUGUUAUGCUGUGGUCUUGCAUUUGGGCAAAUACGAUAUUCCAUUCCGGAAGAGCUUGACAACGGAGCGAUUGUAGGUGACAUUGUGCAGGAUUUGGGGUUGGACAUUAGAAAGCUCUCCAGCCGAAAGAUCAAGGUAACCGCUGAUGACGGAAAACGAUACGUGGAUGUCAACCCAAAGAACGGGAAACUGUUUGUAAAUGAAAGAAUCGACAGAGAGACGUUGUGUGAUGUGAGCAGCUGCAUUUUAAAUCUCGAGGUGCUUCUUGAAAAUCCAUCAGAAUUGCACAAUAUCGAGGUAGAGAUAGUGGACGCUAAUGACAAUGCACCGCAGUUCCCAAGGGACGAUUAUCAAUUGGAAAUUACAGAAUCGGCUUCGCCGGGUUCUCGUUUUCCAAUCGAGCACGCGCAGGAUCCAGAUGUUGGCACCAAUACGGUCCGAUUUUAUCGGCUCAGCACAAACGAGCACUUUGCGCUUGAUUCCAACAAGCCAUUUAAAAACAAGCACGUCGAGCUCGUACUAAAAAAGCCAUUGGACCGCGAACAAACGCCGUUUCAUCAGUUAAUCCUAACAGCGACAGACAGCGGCACACCAGCCCUAACAGGUACUACGAAAAUUAACGUGCGCGUUUUAGAUUCUAACGACAAUAACCCUGUAUUUGACAACUCUGUGUAUAAAGUGAAGUUACUCGAAAAUUCGCCAAAAGACACCCUUGUAAUUAAAUUAAACGCCACUGAUCAAGAUGAAGGCACAAAUGGAGAGGUAUUUUAUUCAUUUAGCAGCUACACCCCUGAAAGGGUCAGACAAACGUUCACCAUGGACACUAACACUGGGGAAAUCCGAGUUAGAAGCAAUGUGGAUUAUGAGGACACCAAUUCCUAUGAAAUGUACAUCCAAGCCAUGGACAAGGGACCAGCUGCGGUUGCAGCCCACUGCAAAGUGGUUGUGGAGGUGGUGGAUGUGAACGACAAUGUCCCAGAGAUUGUACUGUCUUCCCUGUCGAGCCCAGUGCGCGAAGAUGUCCGCGCGGACACUGUGGUAGCCCUGAUCAGUGUGACAGACCGUGACUCUGGCCCAAAUAAACAGGUGACCCUCGAGAUCCCACCUGGCCUUCCAUUCAAAAUCAAGUCAUUCAGGAACUACUACACGUUAGUGACCUCUGCCUUCUUGGACCGUGAGACCACAGCAGCCUAUAAUGUGACGCUAAGAGCCACUGAUGGUGGGACUCCUCCCCUCUCCUCCCAAAAGACCAUUCAGGUGGAUGUGGCGGACGUCAACGAUAACCCACCGCGUUUUGAGCAGACGUCGUAUACCGUAUACGUAACAGAGAACAAUGCACCUGGAGCAUCACUUUGCACCAUCAAGGCCCUGGACGCAGAUGUAAAUGAGAAUGCACGCAUCACCUACACUGUGCUGAAUGACAACAACCACGGCAUCCCUGUCACCUCUUACGUGUCUGUCAAACCAGACACAGGCGUGGCUUAUGCUCUCCGUUCAUUUGACUAUGAGUCACUGCGGGAGUUUCACUUCCAAGUCAAAGCUCAGGAUGGUGGCAUCCCACCUCUCAGCCGUGUGGCCACCGUGUACAUCUACGUGAUGGACCAAAAUGACCACCCACCAGAGAUUAUAAACCCUCCAGCCAACGGCUCACGAUCAACAGAGACAGUAAUGAAGAACGCAGAGGCGGGGUUGCUGGUCACCAAGGUGGUGGCAUACGAUGCCGAUGCUGGACAGAACGCCUGGCUGGUCUACAUGCUGGACCAGGCCACUGAUUCAGACCUGUUCAAGGUGCAUGAGCACACUGGACAGGUCCACACCACGCGGCGCAUCCUGGAGGACAACUCUACCUCGUUCACCCUCAUUGUGCUGGUGAAGGAUCAUGGACAGCCUCCGCUCUCCUCCACCGCCACCAUCAAUGUAGCUGUGAUGGAGGUGCCGCCCAAAGUAGUCCCCGACCCCAAGAAGAUCAUCCGGCCCCACAACGCGCUGCUCUUCUCCAACGUGACCCUCUACCUGAUCGUAGCACUCAGCGCCACAACCUUUGUCUUCCUCGUCACCGUGGUGGUUCUGGCCAUCGUGCGAUGCCAUGCGUACUGUACCCAGCCGGGCUCCUGCUCACCAUGCUGUGUGUCUCAGAAGAGCUCACAGGAUGGUGGCUCCGGAGCGGGUGCCGGCUCCCAGCCCAACAACAACGUGGUGCUCCGCCGUGACCUCAAGGUUGAGCCCCACUACAUCGAGGUCCGCGGGAAUGGCUCACUGACCAAAACCUACUGCUACAAGACUUGCCUGACCGCCACAUCAGGCAGCGACACUUUCAUGUUCUACAACACAGGACGGCCCAUAAGCGGAACAUGGGGCUCGGAGCGCUUCUUCACGGGUGGCUCCGGGCUGGUCCGUAGACUCAGUAUGCCGGAUGCUGCACUACAGCCCAAGGGACCGAAUGCUGACUGGCGGUACUCAGCUUCUCUGAGGGCAGGAGUGCAGAGCUCUGUUCAUAUGGAGGAAGCCUCAGCUGUGAUGCAGGGGGCCCAGGGCGUGCUGGUGCAGAACUGGCCCACCGUCUCCAGCGCCGCAGAUGGGGAGGCUGAGGGACAACUCUCCCCCCCAGUAGGAGCCGGGAUCAACAGCAACAGCUGGAGCUUCCGUUAUGGUGCCGGCCCUGGCUAUGGCCCUCCGCAGGCCCUGAAGCCAGGUGAGAUCCCCCCUGAAGCCUUCAUCAUCCCAGGCUCCCCUGCCAUCAUAUCCAUCCGCCAGGACCCGGGGGCCGUGGACGACAAGGGCGACUUCAUCACCUUUGGCAAGAAGGAGGAGGCCAAGAAGAAGAAGAAGAAAAAGAAGGAGAAGAAAGAGAAGAAAGACAAGGGAAAAGACGAAGGGGAGGAGUAGAGCAGAACGGGCCAUUUCCUCAACGAGCUGACCACUCUAGCUGGUAACUGAAACUCACGGAAUGAGAAAAAAAAAAAGAAAAAAAGAAAAACAAGAAUAUAGAGAGUUGAGCCUUUUAAGUCUGGCUCUUGCUGUGGAAAGAUUGAGUUGCCAGCUUUGCCCAGACCUGAUCAGAAGAGACCCUUCUCUCUGCACUGAACCACAAAUUAAUUCCUGCAAUUAUACUAGGACAGUUCCCAGGGGGGAACAAAUUGGCUCUCUCAUUACUUAUAUAUCAUAUGCAGCAGAAUCUUAGUCCACUAGUGUCUACGAUGCUUGUAGAAAUCCAAACCUAUAAGAAAGGAUGGCAAUUGGCAACCUACAAUGUCCAAGAAUAAACCCUGAACCCACUCCCUUCAUCAACCGCAAUGUCUAAAAUACACGAGGGGAGCCUGUUGUUCCUCAAACUAUCAUGCCUUCUUUACAAACAGGACUUUAAAAGAAGAAAAAAAAAUGGUAUGAAGGUAUGUUGUUCAAAAUUCUAUACAUUUAAAUUUGUAUUUAAAAUAGACACAAAAGGUGUCUGUGUAAAAUAUGAAGACCUGGUCAGAAUUAUCUCUGUGUGAGAGUAAUGCUGGUCAAAUUAUACCACUUCAGGGGUAGAACUGUAGCAGUAUGUUAUAAACUUGCUUUGCUUGUGCUCACAGAGCCCCCUGCUGUCCUGGAGUGGCACACUAAACUACACACAGACAGGAAUACUUUGCAUUAUAGUCCAAAACCAGCGUUAAAGCAUACAGAUUCAUUUAAACAUAAUGACACACACAGAUCUAAACACACAAAGCUGUUCUGUAUGAUUCUUCCAGAAAAUGCCCAAUACACUCCGGUAGUGCUGAGAUGGACACACACACACACACACACACACACACACACAUGAUCUGUCCAUAUAUUGUACAGCUAGACCACAUUAUUUUCAGCAGAGCAAUGAGGUGCUCCAGCCUUCUGGCAUCUGUAAUAUAGGCAGGAAUGUUGCUUGUUGCUUCAUAUCAAAUCAAGCCUGUUCCCUUCACCUCUGUCAUAACUGUUUGAUAGUUGUUCUCAAGCCUCUCUCCCUUUCCUGCAAGCUCUUUGCCUUUCAGUGCUUGUCACAUUGGCACGUCCUUCCUCUGUACUCCUCCCUCCCAUAGCCCUGUGCAAGGCACCACAAUCAAAGCUGCCCCCUAGUGGCUAUAUUGUAUACUAUGGCAGGACAGAUUGAAUAACAGGCCCUAAGUUGAGAUGAAAACAUGCCGGCUCACCCGAAAAACGCCUCACUUGAACUGAGCCUGAGCACUGUUACUGGAACUCCCAGCUCUUCUCAACAGGGAACAUAAGUACAUGCAUCAUGCCUUCCAUCAACAAGCAAACGGUCUAACAGCUUAGUAACCGGUUCUGGACAACAGAGACUUACAGACUUACUCUUUAAUGGAGACAAAGAGUUGUAUAUAGUUUUGGUUUAUGUGGUUUGGUGUGUCAAAAGUGCUGAUGUGGAGGGGCACAUAAGACCAGUUACAGGGGAGUGAAGGAAGCCUGCCGGGAGCUUAGGACCUGGUGCAGCGUUUGUUAGAUUGGGUACACUGACAAAUGCAGCUGAGCUGAGUUGUGGAGGUGGGUACUGAAUGAGGACAGCUGUUUAUUCAGAUGAGAGGCCUAUGUGUGUUACGUGUUUUUUUUUUUUUCCCCUUUGCUCUGCCUUUUCAUUCCUUUCCUUCUUACUGAAUGUUGGGCUGUUGAAUAAGGUAUGAAAGAAAUGUUAGCGCUGCUAUAAGACUGCAUUGAAACACACACACACACACACACACACACACACACACACACAAAUACACACACACGCACACACACACACGCACACACAUAAAUGGAAGCACGCGCGUACGCAUACACACACACACAAACACAUUUACACCCAUUCACACAUAUUCACCCAGCCUCCUUCAGGUGUGGUUUAGUGCUGUCAGAUCACUAAGUGGCCGUUUGCAUGUAAAACGCAGAUGAAACAAAAACUCUAUAUAAAUAUAUAGAUAUAUAUAUAUAGAUAGAUAGAGAUGUUUUCAUAAUUAUUUUCAACCAUUUCUCUCAGAAUUAGAGACACGUAUUGUCUCUAUUGAAAUACAUAAACAUAUUUCUAAUUGGCAAAUUACAGACAUAUAUACACACACAAAGGCAUAGGGAAAAAAAACCACUGCAGCCCAAUGCCAAUGGCAUUAACAUCAACAUUCUAGAUAUAUGUAAUAAUGUAGCGUUAUGCUUUGAAUCUCUUAAAUAACACACACACACAGACACACACAGACACACAGACACACACACACACACAUGUGUGUGUGUCUCUGUGUCUGUGUGUGUGUGUGUGUGUGUGUGUGUGUCUGUGUGUACAUACAAUAUAUGGACAAAAAUAUUGGGAAACAUACAGGAGAUUUUAUAACAUCUCAUUCUAAAUCCAUAGGCAUUAAUAUGGAGUCGGUGCCCACUUUGAAGUUAUAAAAGCUUCCACUCUUCUUCUUCUACAAGGCCUUCUACAAGAUUUUGGAGUCUGUGUCUGUGGGCAUUUUUGCCCAGUCAUCCAGAAGAGCAUUUGUGAGGUUAGACACUGAUGAUGGACGUGAGAGCCUGGCUCACAGUCUCCGUUCUUGUUCAUCCCAAUGGUUUUCAUUGGGGUUGAGAUCAGGGCUCUGUGUGGGCCAGUUAAGUUCUUCCACACCAGACUCACCCAACCAUGCCUUUAUGGACCUUGCUUUGUGCACUCAGGCACAGUGAUGCUGGAACAGAAAAGGGUCUUCCCCAAACUGUUCUCCCCAAAAAUGGAAGCAUGCAAUUGCACAAAAUGUCUUGGUAUGCUGAAGCAUUAAGAUUUCCAUUCACUGGAACUAAGGAGCCCAGGCCAACCCCUAAAAAACAGCAUUGUCCCUCCUACACCAAAUUUUACAGUUGACACAGUGCAGUCAGACAGGUAACAUUAUCCUGGCAUUCGCCAGUCCUAGACUUGUCCAUCAGACUGCCAGAUAGAGAAGCGCGAUUCGUCAAUCCACAGAACACUUUUCCUCUGCUGCAGAGUCCAGUGGCGGCGUGCUUUACAUCACUCCAUCUGACACUUGCCAUUGUGCUUGGUGAUGUAAGGCUUGCAUGCAGCUGCUCAGCCAUGGAAACCCAUGCCAGUUUUUGUGCGGAUGUUAAUACCAGAGGAGGUUUGGAACUCUGUAGUUACUUAGUCAGCAGAGCGUUGACAACUUUUACGCACUAUGCGCCUUAGCACUCUGUGACCAAGAUCUGUUACUUUAUGUGAUCUGCUACUUAAUGGCUGAGUUGGCUGACGUUUCCAUAAUAUCACUCACAGUUGUUGUUGGAAUAUCUAGGAGGAAAGGAAUUUAAUGAACCGGCUUGUUGUAAUGGUGGCAUCCAC